AUGUCAGGUGGACCCGUGGCUUCUGACCCCACCUGCCAGCGAGAGGAGCAGAAUCCCACGAGGCCUCCGCGCGCGCCGCUCCCUUUUCCGCUGCUUCGAACGAAAAGGAGAUGGAGGGAGGGACGCAGAACUGAGAAACCAAGAAACCGAACGCAAGAAGCCGCCGCCGUCCGCCCCGCCUCCCUCAGCCGGCAGCAGUGUGGUGGAGUGCUCCUCCCGCGUUGAGAGUCAGGGCGGGCGGGGUGCUUCUUGCUGCCUCGCUUCUCUUCAGUCCAGGAGAGGUUGGGGCGGGUAAGGGGAGGCGAGGGAAGGCCACGGGGUGUUGUGGUGAUCGGACUGCAUUCGAGGGAGUUGGGACGGAGGGAGGAGCAGCAGGGGAUUGAUCGUCUUCACCAAGCUCUGACUUUUGGGUUUUCGUACUGCUACGUAUGGACCCUCCUCAAGAUCAGCAUGGAGGAUCAUCCACCAAUCCUAUUUAUAUUGAGGGAGUUAGAUCUAUACAUAUUCCAGACUCUAGUCCCUUGAAGAUGAGUAAGCCAUCAAAGUUGUCUUACUACAGAGGAUCUGUUAGAUCUGGGAAUCAGAGUGAUGAAAUAAAAGCAUGUGAUGCCAUCAUUUUAAGAUUUAAGGGGUCAAUUGGUCAAAUUAAGUAUGAUCGACUUGCUGCUGUUGACCACCCAUGUAUUCUCAAAUCUCUUGGAUAUGGGAGGGGAAUCGGGGAGCACCGCUAUCACACUUUUUUUGCACUUAAACCAUUUGAGACCACAUUUCAAGUAUAUGUUGAAAAGAAUGGCCCUGGUGUUGAUCAAAAUGGCAGAUUCACUGAAGACUUUAUUAAAUUGAUCAGUAAUGUCACCUAUGGCAUAGAAGAGUUGCACAGUUUGGGCUACUACUGUCCUGAUCUUGCUGGGGAUAACAUUGCAGUUAUCAGACAAUCUGAUUCGAUAAGUGCAAAACUAUGGGAAUUCCGUAGUUGCAGUUCAGAUCAAGACAAAGAAAAAAGUGGAGAUUGGCUUAGGCUGGGGUACCUGAUUCUCAAAGCAGCAGAUUUCGGUGAUGAGGCAACAGAUCUUUUUAAAAGGAUAAAAAGUGGCCAACUAAAAGGAAAAUCUAUUCUGAAACACAGUGCCUUAUUAACUGUAAGGAAAAAGUUUAAAAAUGUUCUCGCUUUAUACUUCCAUCUGUCACUAAAUUAUCAGAGCGAGCCAAAUCAGAGUCAAAACCAGAAGGAGUUCAAAGUUUCUGACAUAUGUGCAGCUAAUCUGAAGAAUGAUUUGGAUAAGAGGUUGUAUUGGGAAAUUCCCAGUUGGGUAUCUAAACGAUGUUCAACACAUCCACUGAAAACAUUAAGAGGGUUUAUAACUCAGCUGAGGAAUAUUAUUGAGCAUGAGGUUGGAUAUAUACCUGAUGAGAUGACCCGUGAAUUGACUUUCAAAGAGAAAGCGGAUGGUAAAAAGGUGAAGGAUCUUGAACACCAUCUUCAAGAUUCCUGUGGAAAGAUCUUUUGGGCUGUGCAGAUGCUGGUGGCAGAACUGAACCUGAAUUCCUGAAGAUGGGCAUGAUAUUAGAGAGGACUGGAAGAAGGUUCACUGGAAAUAUUGUUUUGAUCCUUUUGUUGCUUUCAGUUAAUGAAGGCUAGACAUUUCAGAAUAGGAAAUAGGUUAUGGGAUCUCUAGAUUUGUUGUGCUUUAAGAG